GGACAAGGCUGGGCGGCACCUGCGGAAGCUGCCUGGGUCCGGCCCAUUGGCCCGAGCCGCGCUGAGAGUAGGGCAGCGGCGGCGCGGAGAGGAGACGGUGGCUGGCCGUGAGGCCGGAGCCGGGCCAUCAACCCGCCAUGGAGACCCGCUACAACCUGAAGAGUCCGGCUGUUAAACGUUUAAUGAAAGAAGCGGCAGAAUUGAAAGAUCCAACAGAUCACUACCAUGCACAGCCUUUAGAGGAUAACCUUUUUGAAUGGCAUUUCACUGUCAGAGGGCCCCCAGAUUCUGAUUUUGACGGUGGUGUUUAUCAUGGACGAAUAGUACUGCCACCAGAGUAUCCCAUGAAGCCACCAAGCAUUAUUCUACUAACGGCUAAUGGACGAUUUGAAGUGGGCAAGAAAAUCUGUUUGAGCAUCUCAGGACAUCACCCUGAAACUUGGCAGCCUUCAUGGAGUAUAAGAACAGCAUUAUUAGCCAUCAUUGGCUUUAUGCCAACAAAAGGAGAAGGAGCCAUAGGGUCUCUAGAUUACACUCCUGAGGAAAGAAGAGCACUUGCCAAAAAAUCACAAGAUUUCUGUUGUGAGGGAUGCGGCUCCGCCAUGAAGGAUGUCCUUUUGCCUUUAAAAUCUGGAAGUGAUUCGAGCCAGGCUGAUCAAGAAGCCAAGGAACUGGCUAGACAAAUCAGUUUCAAGGCAGAAGUCAAUUCAUCUGGAAAAGCUAUUACUGAGUCAGACUUAAACCAUUCUUUUUCAUUAAAUGAUUUACAAGACGAUAUACCUACAACAUUCCAGGGUGCUACGCCCAGUACAUCGUAUGGAAUACAGAACCCCUCGGCAGCAUCCCUCCAGCAGCCCACCCAGCCUAUAGCUAAGAGUACCUCCAUGAGUCCGCGACAGCGUCGGGCCCAGGAGCAGCGUCAAAGAAGGACAUCAACUUCGCCAGAUAUAACCCAGGGCCAGCAGCCAAGAGACAACCAUACUGAUCAUGGGGGAUCAGCUGUACUGAUUGUCAUCCUGACUUUGGCAUUGGCAGCUCUUAUAUUCCGACGAAUAUAUCUGGCCAAUGAGUACAUAUUUGACUUUGAGUUAUAACAUUGUUUUGUGUCUUAAAAGCUGUGACUUGAGUGCUUCAUUAAACAUUCUGCAUUGGGUAUAAUCUAAGAAUUGUUUACAAAAAGAUUAUUUUGUAUUUACCCUUCCUUCCUCUUUUGAUCCUUAUUAAUUCUGUAGAAGUAUAGUGGACAUUCAGACUGUGUCCAGCAGUGUGUCCUGCCUACUUUAAGGGACUAGAAGUUAAAAGUCCCUUGUCUCACUAUUUGACCUGCUUUACAGGGAAAUAGCUUACCGUCAUUUCUCAUGCCUCAGCUUUUUGUGUAUAUUUUUUAUGCUUUUCUGUAUAGCCCUUUGAAAUCUUUGGAUAAAAGAUGGUGUUUUAAGUUCCAGUGAGUAUUACUAGUUACUCAAUACCGUUUUAUUGAGUUCUUUGUUUCUACUUAUGUAGAAUGAUAUAGUGAUAGAAAAGUUGAAAAGGGGAAGUAAAACUCCUCAAAUAGCUUCCUUAAAAUGUCAUUCAUAGGAGGCAUACUAGGAUUGCCCAUUCUGUGACUUCAUGUUUGUGUCCUAAACAUUCUUCAGUGAAAGUCACUUUAUCUCAGUCAAAAAUUUUGAGGAAAUGAGAUCACAUCUUUGUUAUUGGAUGUUACUUGAAGAGAGAAUAAUGCUUUGUAACCACUUUGAUAUACUGUUAUCACCUGCCCCUCACGUGCACACAGAAUUUAAAAAGAAAGAAAAUUAUGAUUCAUAGAUCUUUCUCUUAAGGAAGAAAGAAUUCAAGCCAGGAAAUCUCUUAGUUGUCUUUGAGAAGUUAAGUGAUUUGAACAUUUUCUCUGUUUUGAAUUAUAUGUCUUUCGAGAUGUAUUAUAUGCCCAGUUUUGUGAUCCCUAUAAAUUUUAGUUGUUUCAGGAAUAUGCAUAAUGUUCAAAUAUUUCAAGUACCAUUUUAAUAUAAAAGCUCAGGGCCCAAAUACAGUGAUAGAUGUUAGAAAAACCUUAGACUUGCCCAUCUAAUCGGAGCCCAAGAAAUAAUUUUUGGUGCAAAAUCAAUAUGUAACUUACUGCUACCUGGUUCCACAGAGCCUAGCAGAUGAUUUUUUAUCAUAAUACCUGGUGAGACUAUAUCACAGAAAAACAUUCCCUUCAGCGUGUUUAGUAGUGGCAUUGAGGGCACUUUUGAGGGUAUUGUUAAUGAAGAUUUAUUUUUUAAAUAUAGGCAGUCCUCAGCUUUCAAACGGGUUGUGUUCUAAAAGUGUAUUGGUAAGUUAUUUUUUUUCUAUGACUCAAACAAUGUUGCAAAUGGUGUCUAGAUUCUGGACCAGUCCAUAUAAAUUAGCCUGUAUUGUAGCUUGAAUCGUUUGGAGGAGAGUAUUUGUAAAGUCCUUGUGUAGUUUUAACUAAUUGAAAUUAUGGGCAAGGUAGAAACAAUUUAUAAAAUUAUUUUAAAGUCAAAUUUAAUUACUAUUCCCAAUAUGAGAAUUUAUAUUAGCCAUCAGACACAAUUUCUGUUUUCAUCUGGUAGCCAGUUUUCCUUUAUGUCCACAUCUAUAAUAACAUAUUAUGUACCAUUAUAUAAUACAUAGUUGUCAGACUUUAAUAAAUUAGCAUUUUGAAGGCGUU